AUGCCGCUACGUAUGUUUGGCGGCUUUGUAGCAAUGAAGUGGUUGAUUGAUUACGCCAUUGAGAAACAUGGAUCUUCAUACAAGGACGAGUCCAUGUCCAAUGGCAAGAGCAACGUGUUGUUGGAAAAUCCCCUCUACAUCGUUGUGACUCACGUUUCUUGGGUUUCUGUAAAAGAACUACUCCCAUUUAUGGAAAUUCUCGAAAACCUUCGCGGUUCUCCUUUCUGGACCCUUGGUAACUUUGCAGGAGAAACACCAUUACAUCGGCUGGCUGCAAGUGGGCCAACUCAAUUCCCAGCCAAUACAUACAUAAUAGAAAACUUCUUGUCAUACGAACGCCAAUUUGAUUGUCUAUGGAAGUAUCUCGAUGGGCUCUUUGACAUGCAUAACGGCAUGAACAUCUUACAUGCAGCAUAUCAUUUAGGACAUGCUUACAUUGCCAAAGUGCUACUUGAAGCUGGUGUUAACCCCAACGCUACAACCACAGGAGCCUGAACUGCCGGCCGCUUAUUUCGCUGCUCUCGGUGAUCAUGCUGCGUGUCUGCAAGAAUGGAUGGCCGGCCUAUGAUGCCGACAUCUAUAUACCAACUGAAAGCGAGGAAAUAUGAUUCCGGCCCAUCCACCUCGCAAGAGCAAAUAAACACGCGAAAGCUCUUUCGGUUCUGAAAGACGGCAGCAGCAAUAUUGACUCGCCGUGCACUCAUUACAUACUCAAAACCACAAAACCCCGAGGAGGAUACUUGUAUAACUUAAGGGGAAUAUAUGACGGAUAAUCUUAGAAGGAUUUCAUACACCCUUUCGAAAAUUUCUAAAAAGGAGAUAUACAAGGUGAUAGGAGUAAACCGUUAGUUGAUUGCUGGCAGAUUGUGAAUGCUUCAUAAGGCAGAAACUUG